AUAAAAGCGCCAGUCUGUCUUAUAACUUCAAGAAAGAGAUAUCGACUUCAAGAAGUAACUAUUUAAAAUGCCUGUGAAGAGAGGCCUUCAUUUACAAGACAAAGAAAACAGCCCCGCUAAGAGGCAUGCACCAAACAGGAACUAUUCGCCUAUGACUGGAACUCGAUUAACAAAACCUGCAGGUAAUUCCAGAGCAGGUGGGAAGAAAAUGAAUCCCUCUCAAACAAAAGAGCCCAUGACAGAUGCUGAGAGACUUCUGUUCCUCAGGUCUAAGGUGAAAAAGUCUCUCAAGGAUCUCAGGAAAUGCAGGCAACAGCUGGAAACAUUAUUGCCAGUAGAGGGCAGUAGUGAGCUGAGGAGUCUCUUUCUGAUGAGUCCUGCUGAUCUACAAACUGAACUCAAGAGACAUGAAAAUCUGUCUGCUAAAGUUGCAUCUUGCGCACAUAGAGCAGACACAAACAAGGCUCAUUUCCAAGGGUUGAAACAGACUGGCAGCUCUUUUGAAUUUCUUAAGGCAAUCUUAAGAGCUGCAGCUCUCUGUCAGCGUGUUUGAUGUACACCGAACGUCCUGUCAGUCUGAAAGCGUCGAGACGUCUGAGGAGGCUGUCAGUCUUUCCGGCGUAGUCAAAAUGAGACAGCGCCACCGACAUCUUGCCAUCCCAUCUCAGACACAUUUACAUUCAAUUCAUUCUCUGAAAGGUCCCCCCCCCUUCACCAGGAAUCUGACAAAAUGUUGAUUCUACAAUACACGGUGUGCUGCGUCUCUGCGAAAAUAGUGUUCUUACCGCUGGCAUACAGUCCCAUUAGGGCUGAUGCAGAGAGAAAUGUAUGCAUACACAUAUUUGAGAAAGCAACAAAUGUGUAGAAAACUACACACGCACAGAUAUACUGGAGGUAAGAGUAUUCAUUGUUGAU